AUGGAAGCAGAAAACUGCACAAAAUCAUCAGAAUUCCUCCUCUUGGGCCUCUCAGAAAAUUCUGAAUUGCAGCCCCAUCUCUUUGGGCUGUUCCUGUCCAUGUACCUGGUCACGGUGUUGGGAAACCUGCUCAUCAUCUUGGCUGUCAGCUCUGACACUCUUCUCCACACUCCCAUGUACUUUUUCCUCUCCAACCUGUCCUUUACUGACAUCUGUUUAAGCACAACCACGAUCCCCAAGAUGCUGGUGAACAUCCAGACACAGCGUAAAGACAUAUCCUACAGAGGGUGCCUCACUCAGGUGUACUUUUCAAUGAGUUUUGCUGGAAUAGAUCAUUUCCUACUGACGGUGAUGGCCUAUGACCGGUUUGUGGCCAUCUGCCACCCUCUGCACUACAUGGCCAUCAUGAAUCCCUGCCUCUGUGGCCUCCUGGUUCUGAUAACAUGGCUAAUCAUUUUCUGGGUCUCCCUGCUUCAUGUUCUAUUGACAGUGCGGUUGACCUUUCCUGCAGGUACUGAAAUCUCACAUUUCUUCUGUGACCUGCCUCAGCUUCUCAAGGUGGCCAGCUCUGAUACUUUCAUCAACAACAUUAUCUUAUAUGUGGCCACUGCACUACUGGGGGUGUUUCCUGUCACUGGGAUUCUCUUCUCUUAUUCUAGAAUUGUCUCCUCCGGGAUGAGGAUGUCCUCCACUGCAGGCAAGUAUAAAGCAUUUUCCACCUGUGGCUCUCACCUCUGUGUGGUCUCCUUGUUCUAUGGAACUGCACUCGGGGUGUACCUCAGUUAUGCUGUGACCCGUUCUUCCCAGGGAAGCUCCAUUGCCUCAGUGAUGUACACCGUGGUCACCCCCAUGCUGAACCCCUUCAUCUACAGCCUGAGGAACAAGAAUAUGAAGGCGGUGCUGGAAAGACUCUUGAGAAGACCAACUUUUUGUCUCUGA